AGUAUUGUGCCGGAGCAGCAGACUCCCCGCAGGGAUUCCCAGGGUUACACAGACUGCUGUUUAGAUGGCUCAUAGAAAGGACUAACUUGGUAAGCGUCGCCGAAAACACUCAGCAAUCACCCAGCGUGUGUCUCUGGACACUGUUCACGGCACCAUGGAGCAAGAAUUUGACGACAUUGAUUCAUCCGGGAGAUGGCAAAACCUUUACAAUGAGAUUCGCAACCAAGCCAGUGAAUAUCCCUACAAAGUGGCAAAACUUCCCGUGAAUCGGAAUUUGAACCGCUACAGAGAUGUCAGCCCAUAUGAUCACAGUCGUGUAAAACUUGAAAACUCUGAAAAUGACUACAUCAAUGCAAGUUUAGUCAUGGUGGAAGAAGCCCAAAGAGAUUACAUUCUUUCUCAGGGGCCUUUGAGGAAUACCUGUGGUCAUUUCUGGCUGAUGAUUUGGGAGCAGUGUUCCAAAGCAGUUAUAAUGCUCAACAGAGUAAUUGAAAAGGGAUCUGAAAAGUGUGCACAGUACUGGCCCACCACAGAAGAGCUACAGAUGUCUUUCACGGACACAGGGUUUGUUGUCAGGCUACUUUCUGAGGAGGACCAAUCCUAUUACACAAUCCGAGUCCUAGAACUGCAAAACACAAUGACAAAGGAAUCUAGGGAGAUCUACCACUUUCACUACACCACAUGGCCUGACUUUGGUGUCCCAGAAUCCCCCGCCUCUUUCCUAAAAUUUCUCUUCAAAGUGCGAGAGUCAGGAUCACUAGACCCAGAACAUGGGCCCUCUGUGGUGCACUGCAGUGCUGGGAUUGGACGUUCUGGGACCUUUGCCCUGGUGGACACCUGCCUGAUCCUGAUGGCCAAGAGAAAAAACCCGUCAUCAGUGGACAUACAGAAGGUUCUUCUAGACAUGAGGGAAUACCGCAUGGGUCUGAUCCAGACCCCAGACCAGCUCCGCUUCUCCUAUAUGGCUGUCAUUGAGGGAGCCAAGCUCAUCCUGACAGACAACUCAGCAGCACAGCUAAACAAACAGAGGGUGAUGUCAACUGAUGACCUGGAGCCAGAUCUGCCCCCUCCACCACCUCCCCCAAGACCUCACUUCAAUGAUAACAGACCCAACGGUCAGCCAGGACCCUGUCUGGACCCUGAACCUGCCUCAGGAGACCACCUACCUGCAGGAGAUUCAGACAGCCAAGACCACAGCAUUGCAGAUAGUUCUGGACAUGUCAGGAAACGGCACCGUGAGGAGAGGAUCGCCAGCACCACACAGAAGGUCCUGCAGAUGAAACAGAGACUGAACGACUCAGAGAGGAAACGGGAGAAGUGGCUGUACUGGAGACCCAUCCUUCUCAAUGUGGGUGCAGGGGCAGCUCUGGCAGUGGGCCUGCUGGUGUGCUGGAUUUACUCCCAGUGAAACAUUUGUGGUCACUCUUAACUGACUCAUAUUUUGCACCAGUACCUGGGAUUAGGUACUUCUCUAGGUAGAUUUAGAAGGUAAUAUGUGCAUAACUGAGGGUAUUUAUUUCUUAAGGUCAAAAUGUGGGAGCGCUGGAUCAAAUGAUUGUGUGUGUAUAUUUUUCAUGUAAGAUCUUAACAAAUAUAGUAACAUCUCAGGAUCUUGGUGCCAGCACGAUGAUUUAAUUUCCUUUUCUUCUUGUCAAUGUUGAUGAAUGUACUGUAUCAUUGCAAAUUGCUUUGAAAGAAACUUACUAAAGUUGCAGUACAAAGCAAAUAGACAUAUAUAUUUUGACAGGUUUGUUUUGCAUUCUUUAUUUUAAAUGGUCAGGUGUGUCGAUCAUCAUUGGAUUUUUUUUUUAUUUACAUUUCAACAAACUUGUGUUGACUUUACAGCCUACCUUUGACAAGUAGGAAGACUUUAAAAUCUAAGAGUCAGCUAUGGCAUUUUUUUUUUAUUUUCACCAGUAAUGAAACUUGCAUUUCAUGCAUGUAUUUAGACGUUUUCCUGAGCAUCACUUGUUCUUCCGUUGACAUUAAGCAGGGCAUCCCAGUAUGGCCAGAUAUAUAUUUUUGUGACUGGUAACUUCAAGGGGAGCCGCCUUGCUGGUGUUUUAAACUUCGCUAGAAUGUUAACCUUUUAUUGUCUCUUCAAAGAGCAUGACAUUUUCCAUAGGUUUUUGUUUUUACAAUUUGUCUGGUCCCUCACCACAUAGAACGUGUAUUAACCCACUGGAUGGGUUUGUUUGUGUGUUUAGAUUUUCCCACUGUUUUUAAGGAAACCAAAGCAAAGCUGUCUAACUUUCAGAAGAUUGCAGCCAAGCAAGCUGGUAAAUGAAAAACCUAAUGCUCCCAAUAUGUGGAAUGUGAUUUCCAUUGGGUAUAACAAAAAUCUGCAUUACAAAGGUAUGGCGCCGUAGUUUGCCCUGUGUGUGAAUUCUUCAUUUGAACCUACAGAAUCAAGGAAAUGGUUUUCAGUUGACUGGGACCAGUCUAAAACUGUAAAAGUGCAAUGUAGAAGUUGGAGCAGAGCACUUUGGAGAAAUUCCACUUAGGAUAGUGAUAGCCUACUUGUAAAUUUAUCUGUUUGUUAGCUGGUUGAGAUAGCUCUUUAUGUGCCUUGAAGUGAGUUAAGUGGAAAUAUGUGUGCUCCAAGGUUUGCCAGCAUGAUCAGUUCAGAUGAAAGCUCACCUAAGCCGCUGUUUCUUAUGAAACAUGAGUAACGGCGUAGAAAGUUCUGUUGCAACUGGAGGUGGAUGUGUCAUUAACAUCCUUGAAUGGGUGGGGAGAUGAUUGGCUAGAUACCACUCUUUGACACUGCUUUUUCUCAGAUCUUAUUUAACCCAGAAGAGAAACAGUUAAACAUAACAUUCCAUUCAUUCUUGUUUUUCACGUAAGACUUCAGGGGAGUUUUGUUAUGUACACUGUUAAACUGCAGUGAAAACAUGACAUAUGGUGUUUAAAAAAAGACAACAAAACAAAAACUACUUCAUGAAAUAAAACAUUCAU